UGUCUGGUUUUGCCUCAUAACGCUAGGCUACUGUGUGCGUUGUUUCUGAAUGGGGUUGGCCUGACUUAGGGUAGAUCAUCCGUAAAUGUCGUUAGCCUCGUAUUUGAGUGAGUAAAUUUUUUAUAUUUUCAAGUUUGGCCUUCCCUGCUCAGAAACAAGUGAACGGUAAGAGUGUCAUUUCAACCUAAUCAUGAAUAACGCACUCGGAUACGUGGCGUAGGCUGCCAUAUGGAAUUCAGAUUAAGAACUGAUUGAGAAAAUAAGUAGCACAUACAAAAUCAGACGAAAUACGAAGUAUGAUAAUUUGAUUGCUCAUCACCACUUGUUAACUAGGCUAAUUUAAACACUAAUAAAACAAGUGAGGAAGCAAACACUACUUAUAUUUAUAAUUAUAUGCAAAUGUAAGUCUUUUAGACCAGUCAGCUAAAUAAUAAAAAAAUUUAACACAUGAUUGCAGAGAGCUAUGAAAAUAUAACUUUUUGUUUAAAUUCUUUUUAUUUAAAAUUAAAUUUUCCCUCAUGAAUGUUGCUCGACCACCACGCUUGAACUUGCAUCAUGCUAGACUUAAACAAGAACAGAGCUUUGAUAAGCCACAAGAUAAAGGGGGAAUUUACAGUGGAAGUCUAAGCCCAAACCUUCAACCUCCAACCCCACCAGCUCUUCUAAGCACACAAGAACCUUUUGCAGCUUGUGCUGUUGGUAACUACAUUCUUUUUGAACAAUCUGAUGGAACAACCUUGUAUCGCUGUGUAGAUGCAAAAACAGAUGAUGAAUAUGUAUGCAAGAGUAUCAACAAUAACCGAGAACGUUUUAGCCGCGGUCAACACAGGAAAGUGGACGUUUAUAUGGUUGUUCCGAACGAAAAAUAUCAAAAAACCGUAGCUGGCCAUUUUCGAUUGGAUGUCCACCCCAAUAUCAAUCAGAUAGAGCAAGUACUGAUUGGUGAAACCAGAAGUUAUAUCAUCUUCUCACGCUCCUAUGGGGAUUUGCAUUCAUACGUACGCAACAAACGCCGCCUUCGAGAACAAGAAGCUUUACGACUUUUCCGCCAGGUGGUGCAGGCAGUUCAGGCCUGUCACGAGGCUGGUGUGAUUUUGCGAGAUCUCAAACUUCGAAAAUUUGUCUUUAAGGAUCCCGAAAGGACUCAACUAAAGUUGGAGACUUUAGACGAUGCUGUCGUCCUUAACGAGGGUUCGAAUGAUCAUCUAAGCGACAAGCAUGGUUGCCCGGCCUACGUAAGUCCAGAAAUUCUAACUACUAGUGGGAGUUACUCGGGUAGGGCUGCUGACUGCUGGAGCCUGGGUGUAAUAUUGUACACCCUGCUUGUCGGCCGAUAUCCCUUUCACGAUACCGAUCACAACGCACUCUUUGGGAAGAUUUGUCGAGGCAAGUUUAGUAUCCCCGACACCAUGUCAUCUCGAGCUAAAUGUCUUAUCCGUAGUCUGCUGAGAAAAGACCCGACAGAACGACUUGCAAUCGAUGACGUUCUACAGCAUCCGUGGUUCUCAUUAGUGUCGCGAGAAGGGGCUAGCUGUCUAGAUUCUCAACUUCACACACACAACGGUGAUGAUUCCAAGGCACUGGAUCAAACCGUUCCCGACUUAGCUGUUCCAGAAGGAAGUAUUUCAUCAUUUAUAUAAUGCUGUUUUUAUAACAUUAGCAUUACUGCUUUUAACCUUCUUUAGACACCGUUUUUUCGCGUUCUCCACUUCCUUUAUUAUGGCCCACUUCUAAUCUUACACCACCCUGAUAAGGUUUUUAAUCUUACUUGUAGAUGAUCAUUUUGUAAGUUUCCAAGUGUAACAAAUUUUAUUCUUAAUUCCUAUAGUUCGAACUGGUUCUUAUCAUUAUAAAUAUUGAAACUUUCGUCCUCUUUUCAAACACAAAAAAAAAGGAUGAAAAAGCUCUGGUAAAUCCCACAAUAUUGCAUUUUCUAAAAAUAGCGUCAUAAAAUCUCAGAAAUAACGAAAAGCUUAAUUCAUUAUCAGAAAUGAGUAUAUAGUAAUUUUAUCACAAAUAUUUGCAAAUAUAUCUUCAUUAUAUUAAAUUGAAUGACAUUUUCUGUAUAACUAGAUCUUAAUCACGUCCGCCUUUGAAUGAAUUUACUUGGUACACCCUCAAACAAUAUUCACUGAUUUGAUUCUUAAAGUAUCCACAAUACGAUCGGGAUUGUAUGAAAAGAACGGAAUUGUGUAUUUUCUCUCUUUCCUCCCAGCUAUACUGAGCUAUUUUAUGGUCUUGUACUGUUUUCAGCGAAGGACGUUAUUACGUGUAUUUGGACAUGGAUAUGUACAGAACGAAAUAUAAAUGGUGAAGUACAGCAUAAAAUAAAAAUCCACCGGUUUUAUUGAUCUCUGAUAAUUAAUUUGGUGUGUUAAUUUAAAAUUGAUCAGUAAUGAUAUUGUUUAGUAGGUCGUUACUAACAGAUAUUUCUUCAAAUAGAAGUCAGUACUAACCAGUAAGAACAAUUUAAUUUUUUUUCCCAAUAAUUCAAUUGGUAACUUGUUUUUGGUAACUUCACUGCCAAUUCCUUUUUAUAGUACAUUUAAAGUAUCAAACAGAAAACACAUACGCCUAUUAAAAGUUAAUUUUCUCCAUACUGGUAGUUUUUGUUGUUGUUUUUUUUGCUGCCCCUGACGUAACGUGCAAGUUACUAAUUCAUAAUUGUGUUUGGGUUUCAGUUCUAUCUACAGUGCUUUUAAUAGCUACCCAAUCGUAAAAUGUCUAUUGUAUUUCUCGUUGUUUACGUUAGGGUGUGUUUUUGUUUGCAACGCAUGUAAAGAAAACCUAGGUGUUCCAUGUUAUUGUAACGUCACUGACGUUCAGAAAAAAUUACCAGUAUUUCUUUAAUUUAUAAAUACUAUCAAUUUAUCAGUCACAUCAAUCACCCUAAGAUAACAGAAACAUUAUGGUGGGUUUAAAAGCUUAAUUUUGUUUUUAAAACUGAUUUUUUUUCUGCUUCAAUCAAUGAAUUUCCUAUUAGGACUAGCCAAGUAGGCGGGAAAAUAUACACAAGUACAAGCAGUGAUGUGGAAAAGAAAAAUAACGAAAACUUAAUACGAAGGCAUCGAAACCGAGAGAAUUCUGUCAGUUGCUAUAAAGUACAUGACAGUAAUAUCUUAUCACGAUUAUAAUUAAACACCUUGUAUAUGUAGUUCAUAAUAAAGGUUGACACUAAACGACGUCGAGUUAUAUGAGAGGGAUAGUUGUUCAUGUACAUGUUGUAAUUUAUUUAUGGUGUUUUAGGGUUAAACAUAGAAGUAAAUGUUACGUAGUUUAUAGGGUAACCCCCUGUUGUGAAAAUCGAAGCUGUUUUCGUUUAAUUUUAUUGUUAAAAUAUUUAAUAUAGCUUAUAUUCGUAAAGAUAAUUUAAAUAGUCCUAAACUUUUUUGCCUGUUAUAAAUUUUUUUUUAUGUCAAGUUCGUUUUUGUCACUUAACAAUAAAAAGUUAGUGUAUCCCUGCUCUUUUGAAAAUAUGUAUGUGUAUGAUAUGCAGUGUGGGAAAGUGAUGAAAAUCUAGGAGAGAAAGCAGAUUCUUUUGGACACGUGAAGUUUAUGUACAACAUCGGCAAAUAAAAUAAAACUACAUAGUGUACA